AUGCGCUGUUUUUACGAAGUGUUGGGGGUUGAAAGGACAGCCGAUCUCACAGAACUCAGGAAAGGCUAUUAUAAGGAAUCUUUAAAGUGGCACCCAGAUAAAAAUCCGACUGAAGAAGCCACCUCCAAGUUCCAGGAAAUUCAAGAAGCAUAUCGAGUGUUAUCAGAUGCCCAAGAGCGUGCCUGGUACGACCGGCAUAGGGACCAAAUUCUUCGGGGUGGACAAGGUGGUGUUGCCGGUGACUACAAAGAGGAACGAUUAGAUGUCUUCCAGUUCUUUUCACGUUCAUGUUUCGAGGAUUUUGAUGAUGGUCCUAAGGGCUUUUACACAGUCUUCCGGCACGCCUUCGAAGAGAUCGCUGCUGAAGAGCGAAGGGCCAGCGGUGAAUACUCUACUUCCAGUAGUGAGGAAUCAGCCUCGUUUCCCACCUUUGGCAAAUCAGAUAGCGAUUACGAUUCAGUGGUGCGAUCUUUCUAUACCUUCUGGGAGGGGUUUGCCACGCGCAAAUCCUACUCCUGGGUUGAACGCUACGACACACGACGACUAUCGUCGAGAAUUGAACGGCGAGCAGCAGAGACCGAGAAUCGCAAAGCUCGUGAAGCAGCCAAGAAGGAGCGCAAUGAGGAGGUUCGCCAACUCGUCGCCUAUGUGCGUCGUCGGGAUAAACGACUAGAGGCGCAACGGGAGCGCCUCGCAGCAGCCGCCAAACAUGCUCAUGUACGCAAUCAGGAGCAGGCGAACAAAACAAGACAAAAGAAUGCCGCAGACUUAGAGAGAGCCUGGGCUCACGAAAUGGCCACCGGAGGACUGGCCGCUCAAUGGGCAGACGAGUUUGAAGCGGAGCUGGCCCGGAUUGAGGCCGAAAUAGAGGGAAAAAAUGGGAGAAAAUCUGGUGUUCUUACAACUGAUGGUACAGAUUCCUCGAACGGAGACACAAACGAGGAAGAGGAAGACGAUGAUAAUGAAAUGUAUUGCAUUGCCUGUGAUAAGAGUUUCGCCAGCCUGGCGGCGAAGCGGAACCACGAAGCCUCAAAGAAGCAUAAGAAACAGGUGGAGUUACUUCGAGAGGUGCUGCUCGAGGAGGAACGACUGGCGGCAGUGGAAGCAGGCAGUGAGAUAGAGGAACAAAUCGAUAAAGAAUUUUCAGAAAGUGAAGCGGGAAUCCGUCCCGUGGAUGCGGUAAAAUUGACGAAACGCGCGAAGCGGAGCCUGAUACGACAACAACGCGCGAAUGAGAAGGCAGAAAAAGAAGUAGUUCUUCCCGAAGCACCCAAGAAUGAAGGUAACGACAAGAAUGAAGUCGUCAAAGAAGCCACAGAGACUGACCUUCCAAACAAACCUAACAGGAAGGAUAAAACAAAGGCUCCACCGCCACCUCUUCCAAACAAUCCACCAAAUGUCUGUUUGAUUUGCAUGGAGGAGUUUCCCUCGAGAAACAAACUCUUCAAUCACAUAGAGAUGAUGGGCCAUGCGGCAAUAAGAGCCGCGCCACAGACUGUGUCAAGAAGGAGCAAAAGGAAAAGAUGA